GCGGGGGGUCGGGCGAAACCAUUCGCCCGGCCAAUACGUACGCAGCGACUAUUGAGCGCUACGGGGCCUCUGGAUUCGCAUUUCAAAGAGGAUUAUGGUCGUGUAGCGGAAUUAGAUAGAUAAGAUUAGAGAUCGGGUUAAUUUACGGCGGCAUUAGCCUUUGAUCGCACGGUGCGUCGCUGUGAAUGCCCCCCCGCGUCCCCGAAACUGCAGCCGAACAGGCGACCGGGAUGCUGCGAUGCGUUUGGUGACGUCGCGAUGGAGACGUGCGAAGGAACACAGAUGAAAACCGAAAUGAGGGUCCCAUUGUAUCAGCGGCCGAUCUAGUAGCUCGCUUUUGCCUCCUUUCAUACGUCAUCGCCAUGGCUUUACUGCGCAGACUUCUGCAGCUCUCGGUUCUGCUGAUCCAGAGCGGGGGGUGGGGGGUCGCGCCGAGCCCCACCGACGAGGGCACACUCAGGGCCGGCCACGGCGAGCACGGAGAGCCGGGGCAUCAGGAGCAGCACAAGGACUCUUACAGCACCUUCGCCUCCGAGUUCCUGGAGUCCAGAUAUCUGUCCGACGAUGGUUAUCCAUUUCCCACGGCUCCACCAGUGGAUCCUUUUGCAAAGAUCAAAGUGACCGACUGUGGCGUGACCAAAGGCUGCAUAAGAUAUGGGAAGCCGGGAUGUGAUGCGGAGACGUGCGACUACUUCCUGAGCUACCGUCGCAUCGGUACCGACGUGGAGUACGAGAUGAGCGCCGACACGGACGGCUGGGUGGCUGUGGGCUUCUCCUCAGACAAGAAGAUGGGAGGGGAUGAUGUCAUGGGCUGCGUCCACGACGACAACGGUCGCGUGAGGAUCCAUCACUUCUACAACGUCGGCCAGUGGGCCAAGGAGAUCAAGAGGAACCCGGCCAGAGACGAGGAGGGCAUAUUCGAGAGCAACCGCGUGACCUGUCGAUUCAAGCGGCCGCUGUACGUUCCCAGAGAGGAAACCCUCGUGGACUUGCAUCUGUCGUGGUAUUACCUGUUUGCAUGGGGACCCGCCAUCCAAGGCUCCAUCACCAGACACGACAUCGACAGUCCACCAGUCAGCGACCACAUGAUCAGUAUCUACAAGUAUGAGGACAUCUUCAUGCCUUCCACAGCGUAUCAGACCUUCAACUCGCCCCUCUGCUUACUGCUCAUCGUGGCCCUCACCUUCUACCUGCUCAUGGGAACGCCAUAACAGCACAAAGGAGGGAAAAACAGGGAGUAGCAAUAAAAAAAGACGCCAUUUUUUUGUCAGAUGCCACAUCAAACAGUGCACUUUGCACAGAGAGGCUAUAAUCUAUAAAUGCUCUGAACUCACAGAGGAGGAGACAUAUACAAAUACACAAAGCUAUACUGUAGAGGUGUGUGUCAGUAACCUCGACAGGAUCUCUGAUAACAGUAGUGUUGUAGUAUAAAUAAGACUAUUUUCAGUAUUUAUGACAGCCUCUAAGUAAAUUCUGCAUGCACUGGGAAUGACAUAAAAACCCAAUGUCCCCAGCUGAUCAGAAGACAAUGUUGAACUUUGAACUUUGAGCAGCUCACACACAGUCUUCCAUCGCCUCUACCCAGGUUUGUUUGGAAAUGACAGCCUGUGGGAAAAAAAGUGAUUUAAGGACAGUUUUUGUGAUGGUGCAGCAUCACAUUACCAUUUUCCGAGAUUUCAGAAACUGCCCAGAAGAUGCAUUCACAGCGUAAACGCUACUAUGAAGGUUCUGUGAUACUUCGCUUUGCAAUGAUUUGAUUGUCAACCGUGGUGGCUGAUGUGCUUGUUUAACAGCACAGGGACUAUGUAACUUUGCUCAGCAGACAGAGAACUACAGAAAGUGUAAAACGUGAGUAAUAACGCAAACAGGAGCAAAUUGUGAAUUAAACAAAAUAUGUCCAGAUUUGCCCUCAUUGUUGCUGUAGCCUUUUACAUUUGUAUUAUUGACAUAAUGCCGUCCUUUAAGAUAGAACAGUAUUAAAAACACAACACUGUCAGCCGAACAGUAUUACAGUAAGCCAUUGGACAUAUUUGUAAUAAAAUAUAUAUUUGAGGGCUGUAGCUGUAAUUACAGUGAACUCAGGCCGUUUAUUGCUUUUAUCCACACUAGCUCGAACCCAUCUCCCGUAUCAAUAAAAGCAUGGUUAUAUAUGAUUAUGUCAAA